AUGGUCGUUCCUCUUUUUGGCUGGUCGGCGGGAGACGUCGUGGUGUCCAUCAAACUUCUGAGGCAGAUUGGAGCAGCGUUCAAGAGUGCCGACGGAGCCAAAGCACAGUACAGCGACGCUAUUCUGUGGCUGCAAUCCUUUGCUGACCAACUCGAGCAUGUCAAAGAAUAUUUGGAUGCUCAACCUACCGCAAAGUACUCCGCCGAAAUUGCACGUCAAGUUGAAACCAUUGGCAAGGCAUACGAUCGAUUCGAAAGGUAUCUGCAAAAGUACGAGAAGGGCCUCUCCUCUACCCAGGAUGCCUCUCUUGUCAUUGCGUCGGUCAAAAAAGUCAAGUGGGCAGUCAAAGAGCUGAAAGGAGAAACGGAACAAUUGAAAAAUGCGACGGCCGGACCUAUUCGAGAAAUCAACCUGUUGCUACAUCUCCAGGAGUUGUGA